AUGGCAGUAACGAGACAGGAAGUAGUGACCGUAGUGAAGACGGCUAAAAAGGUUGUGAAACCAAAGGCAAAAAAGGCAGCCAAACUGAAACGAACUUUGUUUGAAGAGUCCUUGGACCAUAUUGAUAUAUUACCAGAACACGCGUUGCCCGCAACCUUUGUAGAAUACCAUACUCCACAAUUCAUACAGGGCGUUAAGCACGUUCUUUCGGUAGAUCCGAGCUUGUAUCGACCUAUAGUUCUGCAGAACUUUGAGCGGUACAAGAAAAAUGUUACCGAGGAAAAGAGAGAAGCUGAAAUUAUCAAAUCCUACUGGUUGAGUCUAAUUUCCAGUGUAAUCUCUCAACAGAUCAGUGGAAGUGCUGCUGCUGCCAUUUAUCUGCGCUUCGAGACUCUUUUUGAGAAAGAGCCCAAUCCAGCUGAGCUUCUUACAAAGCUGCAUGAGCAGUUACGAGAGAUCGGUCUUUCAAACCAGAAAGUUAAAUAUGUCACACAUAUAAGCCAAGUGUUUGGUGACCCUGAUGAUAACUUAACUAGUUUGAGCUUUUACAAAAGUAAUCCUGAAAGUGUUGUAGUACAGGAGCUUACAAAAUUGAAAGGAAUUGGUGAAUGGUCAGCCAGAAUGUUCACAUGUUUCACACUCAAUCUGCUUGACGUGUUUGCUCAUGAUGAUUUGGGGGUUGCUAGAGGUGCUUCUUACUAUUUUAGCAAGAGGCCCGAGGUUUUAAAGAGAGUCAAGGCGGAGGUCAAUGCCAACGAAGACAUGAAGCUCCUACUCAAAAAGAAAGGUAAGUUUGAUAAGCCGAGCUCAAAGAGAGAUUGGGUUCCAUACCAUGACCAAUAUCUUAUUCAAUUGGCCAAGGACUUCGCGCCAUACCGGUCGCUUUUGAUGUUGACCUUCUGGAGACUAUCAGCUACGAAUAUUGAGGUUCUUGAUGAUUCUAGCAAAAAAGAUUAA